UCGAACAGAAUUAAUUCCAGUAAUUGUGGUCUAGACCAAAAAGAUAGAAAGAAAAAAAAAAUCAAUUUGCACUUAUUUUUGUUCAUCAAUCAGUCUGUUCACGUUUUGUUCAUCAAUACAUUCAGAGAGAGAGAGAAGGAAAAUGGCUCAAUCUUACCUUCCCUGCAACACUUCUUCUUCUUCUUCUUCUUCUUCUUCUUCUUCCAUUUCUCCUAUUCCUUGUUCUUCUGCCUUCUAUUGUCGUAAACCUAUCACCACUUAUAACUCCUUCUCUUACUUUUCCCGCCAUUUCAAACUUCCCACCUUCCCUCUCUCUCAUAAUAAACCCAAAACCCUUCUCCAAGUCCAAGCCGCCAACACUCCACAGGACCCAGAUGCAAAGUCUUCGCCUUUACCCCAAACUUCCAUCUGGGUCAAUCCCAAAAGCCCCAGAGCCAAACACCUUUGGAAGAAUCCCUAUCACGCCAGGUCUUCAUCUCUCACCAAACUCGCCAAGUCUCUCGAUUCCUGCAACCCCACCCAGCAACACGUCUCUGAAAUCCUCAGAGUUUUGGGGGACAACGUUUUUGAAUCUGAUGCCGUGGUUAUUCUCAAUUCCAUGGUCAAUCCCUACACUGCACUCCUCGCUGUUAACUACUUCAAUCAGAAGAUUAAACCUUCUAGGCAUGUUGUUCUCUACAACGUCACCCUGAAGCUGUUCAGGGCGGUAAGGGAUUUCGAAGGUGAAGAGAAGGUGUUUGAUGAAAUGCUUCAAAGAGGGGUCAACCCGAAUCUCAUUACGUUUUCAACUAUCAUUAGCUCUGCUUCUAUGUUUUCUUUGCCGCACAAGGCUAUCGAGUUUUUUGAGAAAAUGCCCUCCUUUGGGGUUCAACCCGAUGCCGGUUUAACCUCCUUUAUGAUUCAUGCUUAUGCAUGUAGUUGGAAUGCUGAUAUGGCUUUGGAACUGUAUGAUCGUGCAAAAGCAGAGAGAUGGCGGGUUGAUACAGCGGCAUUCUUGGCAUUGAUUAAGAUGUUUGGGAAGUUUGACAAUUUUGAUGGAUGUUUAAGAGUUUACAAUGAUAUGAAGGUUCUUGGUACCAAGCCUAUCAAGGAAACUUAUGACACUCUGUUGUAUGUCAUGGGGAGAGCUAAGAGAGCCGGGGAUGCCAAGGCUAUAUAUGAGGAGAUGAUAAGUAAUGGAUUUUCACCCAAUUGGCCUACCUAUGCAGCUCUUUUAGAAGCCUAUUGUAAAGCACGGUGUCAUGAGGAUGCGUUGAGAGUUUAUAAGGAAAUGAAGAAGGAAAAGGGAAUGAAUGUGGAUGUAUUUCUUUAUAACUUGCUUUUUGACAUGUGUGCUGAUGUUGGUUGCAUGGAUGAAGCUGUUGAAAUCUUUGAAGACAUGAAAAGUUCAAGGACUUGCCAGCCAGACAAUUUUACAUACUCGUGCUUGAUCAACAUGUACAGUUCUCAUCUCAAACAAACCGAGUCUUUGGAAUCAAGCAAUCCAUGGGAGCAACAGGUCUCCACAAUUUUGAAGGGUAUAGGGGACAUGGUUUCAGAAGGAGAUGUUAUAUUUAUUCUCAAUAAGAUGGUAAAUCCCAACACUGCAUCCUUUGUUCUUAGAUACUUCCUGAACAAGAUUAAUUUCACGACAGAUAAGGAGUUGAUUCUUUACAAUGCUACCCUGAAUUUGUUUAGGAAGUCUAGGGAUUUUGAAGGAGCAGAGAAGUUGUUCGAUGAGAUGCUUCAAAGAGGGGUAAAACCAAAUAACUUUACAUUUUCAACUAUGGUUAACUGUGCUAAUAAGCCUGUGGAGUUGUUUGAAAAGAUGUCUGGUUUUGGGUAUGAACCUGAUGGCAUCACAUGCUCAGCCAUGGUAUAUGCUUAUGCACUUUCAAAUAAUGUUGACAAGGCUGUAAGCCUAUAUGAUCGUGCAAUAGCAGAGAAAUGGUGCCUUGAUGCAGCAGCAUUCUCGGCAUUGAUUAAGAUGUAUAGCAUGGCAGGAAACUAUGAUAGAUGCUUGAAAAUCUACCAAGAAAUGAAAGUUCUUGGUGUGAAGCCUAAUGUGGUGACAUAUAACACUCUGUUGGGUGCCAUGUUGAAAGCUGAGAAGCACCGACAGGCGAAGGCUAUAUAUAAAGAGAUGAGAAGUAAUGGAGUUUCACCAGAUUUUAUAACAUAUGCAUGUCUUUUGGAAGUCUAUACCAUAGCACAUUAUAGUGAAGAUGCUCUUGGUGUUUAUAAGGAAAUGAAGGGGAAUGGAAUGGAUAUGACUGCAGAUCUUUAUAACAAGCUUUUAGCUAUGUAUGCUGAUAUGGGCUACAUAGAUAGAGCUGUUGAAAUAUUUUAUGAAAUGAACAGUUCUGGGACUUGCCAGCCUGACAGUUGGACAUUUGCAUCCUUGAUUGCUAUUUAUUCCCGCAGUGGGAAAGUUUCAGAGGCGGAAGGGAUGUUGAAUGAAAUGAUCCAAUCUGGAUUUCAACCUACUAUUUUUGUUCUGACAUCACUUGUCCAUUGCUAUGGAAAAGCUAAGCGAACUGAUGAUGUUGUGAAGGUAUUUAAGCAACUUCUGGAAUUGGGCAUUGUUCCAAAUGAUCACUUCUGCUGUUCUCUUCUAAAUGUUCUGACUCAAGCACCAAAAGAAGAGCUUGGUAAGCUAACAGAUUGCAUUGAAAAGGCUAACACAAAGCUUGGUUCUGUGGUAAAAUAUUUGGUGGAAGAGGAGGGUGAUGGGGAUUUUAGAAAUGAAGUCUCAGAAUUUCUUAAUUCAAUUGAUGCUGAAGUGAAGAUGCCUUUAUGCAAUUGUCUCAUUGAUCUUUGUGUCAAACUGAAUGUGCCUGAAAGAGCAUGUGACCUUCUGGAUUUAGGAUUGAUGCUUGAGAUAUAUAAAAAUAUCCAGUCCAAAUCCCAAACUCAGUGGUCUUUGCAUCUGAAAGAACUCUCAGUUGGAGCUGCUAUGACUGCAUUACAUGUUUGGAUUAAUGACUUGUCCAAGGCAUUGGAAUCAGGGGAAGACCUUCCUCCACUACUUGGAAUUAAUACUGGGAAAGGAAAACAUAAGUAUUCAGAAAAAGGCUUAGCUGGUAUAUUUGAAUCACAUUUGAAGGAACUCAAUGCUCCAUUUCAUGAGGCUAAGGCUGGUUGGUUUUUGGCUACAAAGGCUCCAGCGAAAUCAUGGCUGGAGUCUAGGGGUUCAAUUGCUGAUUUGAACUUUGAACUCUAUGGUUUUGGGUGUUCCAACAAUGACCCUAAGUAUCGAUAAUAUUAUUUGAGAAACGAUGUGCCAUGCUAAUGUUUUUGACAUUUUCCUAUUCGUUUUGCAGAAAUUUUGGACUGUAUAUGAUUGUACAGAAUUUCGUGUGAAGAAUACAAGUAUGAACACAUGAUUUUAAUUUUAUUUUCUAUUAUUAAUUUAAUAUUAUUUUCUAGUCCUUCUAGAUUGUUACUCCUAGGACGAAUAUUGUAGUAUUGGUAUUGAAGAACUCUAUUGACAUUAGAAUGAGCAAAGAGCCACCAAGGCAACUGAAACUUA